GCGCCGCGAGAGGGUGGGUGCCGCGUGCGCCUGGGGACCCGCUCGGGAUGGGGACGCGCUGGGCGACCCUCCGUCGCGCGGCGGAGCUCCUGGUGCUCCUCCUCAGGUGCUUGCGGCCGGCCGAGCCCUCAGGCCGCACAGGCAAUGAUCCAUUCACCAUCGUCAGUGAAAACACGGGCAAGUGCAUCAAGCCACUGAAUGACUGGAUAGUAGCGAUGGACUGUGAUGGAAGUGGGGACAUGUUGUGGAAGUGGGUGUCCCAGCAUCGGCUCUUUCAUUUGCAAUCCCAGAAGUGCCUUGGGCUAGGUAUUACCAAACCCACAAUUUCCUUGAGAAUGUUCAGCUGUAACUCCAAUGCCUCACUGUGGUGGAAAUGUGAGCACUACUCUCUGUAUGGAGCUGCCCAGUACCGACUGGCUCUGAAGAAUGGACAUGCUAUAGCAAGUACAAAUUCAUCUGAUGUCUGGAAGAAAGGAGGCACAGAGGAAAACCUCUGUGACCAGCCUUAUCGUGAGGUAUAUACCAGAGAUGGGAACUCCUACGGAAGACCUUGUGAAUUUCCAUUCUUAGUUAAUGGGACCUGGCAUCAUGAGUGCAUUCUUGACGAAACUUACGGUGGGCCAUGGUGUGCAACCACCUUAAAUUAUGAAUAUGAUAAAAUGUGGGGCAUCUGCUUAAAACCAGAAAAUGGCUGUGAAGAUAAUUGGGAAAAGAAUGAGCAGAUUGGAAGUUGCUACCAAUUUAAUACUCAAGCCACUCUUUCUUGGAAGGAAGCUUACAUUUCAUGUCAGAAUCAAGGAGCUGACUUACUGAGCAUCAGCAAUGCUGCUGAAUUAACUUAUCUUAAAGAAAAAGAAGGCAUUCCAAGGAUUUUCUGGAUUGGCCUAAAUCAGCUGUACUCUACUAGAGGCUGGGAAUGGUCAGACCAGAAGCCAUUAAACUUUCUCAACUGGGACCCAGAUAUGCCGAGUGCACCAAUGAUCAUAGGUGGAUCAAGCUGUGCAAGAAUGGAUGCCAUGUCUGGUUUAUGGCAGAGUUUUUCCUGUGAAGUUCAAUUGCCCUAUGUCUGCAAGAAACCCUUAAAUAACACGGUGGAGUUAACAGAUGUUUGGACAUAUUCAGAUACACACUGUGAUGCAGGCUGGCUGUCAAAUAAUGGGUUUUGCUAUCUGCUGGUAAAUGAAAGUGAUUCCUGGGAUAAGGCACAAACAAAAUGCAAAGCCUUGAGCAGCGAUCUCAUCAGCAUUCAUUCUUUAGCAGAUGUGGAGGUGGUUGUCACAAAACUCCAUAAUGGGGAUGCCAAAGAAGAAAUAUGGAUAGGUCUUAAGAACAAAAAUGUACCAACUUUAUUUCAGUGGUCUGAUGGUACAGAAGUUACUCUAACAUAUUGGAAUAAGAAUGAGCCAAAUGUUCCCUACAAUAAGACUCCCAACUGCGUUUCCUAUUUAGGAAAGCUAGGUCAGUGGAAAGUCCAGUCAUGUGAAGAGAAACUUAAAUAUGUAUGCAAGAAAAAGGGAGAAAAAAUGAACGAUACAACAUCUGAUAAGAUGUGUCCUCCAGAUGAGGGCUGGAAAAGACAUGGAGAAACCUGUUACAAGAUUUACAAAGAUGAGGUCCCUUUUGGAACCAACUGCAACCUGACUAUAACUAGCAGAUUUGAGCAAGAAUACCUGAAUGAUAUGAUUAAAAAGUAUACUAAAUCUCCAGGAAAAUACUUCUGGACUGGCCUGAGAGAUAUGGAUUCACAUGGAGAGUAUAGUUGGACAGGUGUUGGUGGAGUAAAGCAAGCUGUAACUUUUUCCAACUGGAAUUUUCUUGAGCCAGCUUCCCGAGGUGGAUGUGUGGCUAUGGCUACUGGAAAUUCUCUUGGAAAGUGGGAGGUGAAAGACUGCAGGAAGUUCAGAGCACUUUCAAUUUGCAAGAAAAUAAGUGGGCCCGUUGAGCCUGAAGAAGUAGUCCCCAAGCCUGAAGACCCUUGUCCUGAAGGCUGGUAUAGUUUCCCCUCAGGUCUUUCUUGUUAUAAGCUGUUUAAUAUAGAAAGAAUCGUAAGAAAAAGGAACUGGGAGGAAGCUGAGAGGUUCUGCCGAGCUCUUGGAGGACACCUUCCCAGCUUCACUCAGAUGGAGGAAAUAAAGGGAUUUCUUCACUUCCUCAUGGACCAGUUCAGUGACGAGCGUUGGCUGUGGAUAGGUUUGAAUAAAAGGAGCCCAGAUUUACAGGGAUCCUGGGAGUGGAGUGAUCAUACACCAGUGUCUACUAUUCUCAUGGAAAAUGAGUUUCAGCAGGAUUAUGAUAUCAGAGACUGUGCUGCUGUCAAGGUCAUUCAGAGGCCAGGGCGAAGAAGCUGGUAUUUCUAUGAUGACAGAGAAUUUAUUUAUUUAAGACCUUUUGCUUGUGAUACAAAACUUGAAUGGGUAUGCCAGAUUCCAAAAGGCCAUACUCUAAAAACACCAGACUGGUAUAAUCCAGAGCGUCCUGGAAUUCAUGGACCUCCAGUUGUAAUUGAAGGGAGUGAAUACUGGUUUGUUGCUGAUCCUCACUUAAACUAUGAAGAAGCGGUCCUGUAUUGUGCUAGCAAUCACAGCUCUCUGGCUACCUUGACAUCUCUUGCAGGACUAAAAGCCAUCAAAAACAAAAUAGCAAAUAUAUCUGGUGAUGAACAGAAGUGGUGGGUGAGAACUACCGACCAGCCAGUAGAUCGUCGUUUUAUGUACUCACGAUAUCCAUGGCAUCACUUUCCUAUAACAUUUCGGGAGGAAUGCUUGUACAUGUCUGCAAAGACUUGGUUUAAUGACUUAAAUAAGCCAGCAGACUGUAGUACCAAGUUGCCCUUCAUCUGUGAAAAAUAUAAUGUCUCUUCAUUAGAAAAAUAUAGUCCAGAUUCUGCAGCUAAAAUACAGUGCUCUGGGGAUUGGAUUGCUUUUCAGAAUAAGUGUUUUCUAAAAAUCAAACCGAAGUCUCUCACAUUUUCCCAAGCAAGUGAUACUUGUCACACUUAUGGUGGCACCCUUCCUUCAGUGCUGAGCCAGAUAGAACAAGAUUUCAUUACAUCCUUAUUUCCGGAUAUGGAGGCUACUUUAUGGAUUGGUUUGCGCUGGACUGCCUAUGAAAAGAUAAACAAAUGGACAGAUAACAGAGAACUGACAUACAGUAACUUUCACCCGUUAGUAGUUGGUGGGAGGUUGAAAAUACCAACAAAUAUUUUUGAGGAAGAGUCCCGAUACCAAUGUGCUCUAAUGCUCAACCUCCAAACAUCACCUUAUACUGGGACAUGGAAUUUUACUGCCUGCAAUGAAUACCACACUCUAUCUCUCUGUCAGAAAUAUUCAGAAAUUGAAAACAGACAAACCUUGCAGAAUACUUCAGAUACUGUAAAGUAUCUAAAUAAUCUGUACAAAAUCAUCAUGAAGACUCUGACUUGGUUUGAUGCUCUAAGAGAGUGUCAGAAAGAGAACAUGCACCUGGUGAGCAUCACAGACCCUUACCAGCAGGCGUUUCUAACUGUGCAGGCGGUUCUUCAUAACUCUUCUUUAUGGAUUGGACUCUCCAGUCAAGAUGAUGGACUCAACUUUGGUUGGUUAGAUGGGAAACAUCUUCAGUUUAGUCGCUGGGCUAAAAAUAAUGAACCACUUGAAGACUGUGUAAUAUUAGACAUUGAUGGAUUCUGGAAAACAUCUGAUUGUGAUCAUAUGCAACCGGGUGCUAUUUGCUACUAUCCAGGAAAUGAGACUGACAGAGAGAUCAAACCAGUUGGCAGUGUUCAGUGUCCAUCUCCUGUUCUAUCUACUCCGUGGAUACCAUUUCAGAACUCAUGCUACAAUUUUGUGAUAGCAAAGACUAAAUAUACAGCAACAACACCAGAUGAAGUUCAUUCUGAAUGCCAGAAACUGAAUCCAAAAUCACAUGUUCUGAGUAUUCGAGAUGAAAAAGAGAAUGACUUUGUUCUUGAGCAACUUCUGCACUUGAAUAAUAUGGCUUCAUGGAUCACAUUAGGUAUAACUUAUGAAAAUAAUUCUCUUCUGUGGUCUGAUAAGACCAUGCUGUCAUACACAAAUUGGAGAAGAGGAAGACCAGAUAUAAAAAAUGACAAGUUUUUUGCUGGCUUGAGUACUGAUGGUUUCUGGGAUAUUCAAGCCUUCAAUGUUAUUGAAGAAAUAUUUCACUAUAACCAGAACAGCAUUCUUGCUUGUAAAAUUGAAAUGGUUGACUACAAGGAAGAAUAUAAUGCUACUCUGCCACAGUUUAUUCCAUAUGAAGAUGGUAUUUAUAACGUUAUUCAAAAAAAGGUAACAUGGUAUGAAGCAUUAAACAUAUGUUCUCAAAGUGGAGGUUAUUUGGCAAGUGUUCAUGACCAAAAUGGCCAGCUCUUUCUGGAAGACAUCGUAAAACGUGAUGGAUUUCCACUAUGGGUUGGGCUCUCAAGUCACGAUGGAAGUGAAUCAAGUUUUGAAUGGUCUGAUGGCAGUACAUUUGACUACAUCCCAUGGAAAGAUAAACAAUCUGCUGGAAAUUGUGUUGUCUUGGAUCCAAAAGGAAUUUGGAGACAUGAAAAAUGCAAGUCUGUUAGGGAUGGUGCUAUUUGUUAUAAACCUAUAAAAUCUAAAGAAGUGUCCUCUCGUACAUACUCACCAAGAUGUCCAGCAGUAAAAGGGAAUGAGUCCCAGUGGAUCCAGUACAGGGAGCACUGUUACGCAUUUGACCAGGCAUUGCACAGUUUCUCAGAAGCUGAACAGUUCUGUUCAAAACUUGAUCAUUCUGCAACCAUUGUUACCAUAGAGGAUGAAGAUGAGAAUAAAUUUGUGAGCAGACUGAUGAGGGAAGAUAAUAAUAUUACCAUGAGAGUUUGGCUUGGAUUAUCUCAACAUUCUGCCGAUCAGUCUUGGAAUUGGCUGGAUGGAUCAAAAGUGACAUUUGUCAAAUGGGCAAAUAAAAGUAAGAGUGAUGGUGGAAAAUGUAGCAUUUUGCUAGCUUCAAAUGAAACUUGGAUAAAAGUUGAAUGUUCCCAUGGCUAUGGAAGAGUUGUCUGCAGAGUUCCUCUGGACUGUCCUUCAUCUACCUGGGUUAGGUUCCAAGACAGUUGUUACAUUUUUCUUAAAGAAGCCGUCAACCUAGAAAGCAUAGAGGACGUCAGAAGUCAAUGUACUGACCAUGGAGCAGACAUGGUAAGCAUACACAAUGAAGAAGAAAAUACUUUUAUACUGGAUACUUUGAAAAAGCAAUGGAAAGGCCCAGAUGAUAUCCUCCUAGGCAUGUUUUUUGACACAGAUGAUGAAAGUUUCAAGUGGUUUGAUAAGUCCAAUAUGACAUUUGAUAAGUGGACAGACCGAGAAGAUGGUGAGGAUUUGGUGGACACCUGUGCCUUUCUGCACACUAAGACAGGGGAAUGGAAAAAAGGAAACUGUGAAAUUUCUUCUGUGGAAGGAACCCUUUGUAAAGCAGCUAUCCCAUAUGAAAAGAAGUAUCUAUCAGAUAACCACAUUUUAAUAUCCGCUCUGGUGAUUGCUAGCACAGUACUUUUGACAGUUUUGGGAGCAAUCGUUUGGUUCCUGUACAAAAGAAAUUUGGAUUCUGAUUUCACCACAGUUUUUUCAGCUGCACCUCAAUCACCUUAUAACGAUGACUGUGUUUUGGUGGUUGCAGAAGAAAAUGAGUAUACUGUUCAAUUUGACUAAGAUUUUGGAAAUCUCAGCUUCAGAUGUCAAGUACUUUGACAGUGUUUCCUGUGCAGGAUUUUAAUGUAAAACUUGAUAAUGAAAAUUAUAGUUUUUAUGUUUUUUUCCUUAUUCCAGUAAAAUUCAUCAUUCUCAUGAGAAUCACUGUAAGAAAAACCUAUCUUUAGAUUCAUUGUAAGAACUUUAAAAAAAAGAAAUGAUCACAAAUACAAUUUAGUAGUUUUAGCCACCUCCCUAAAUGCAUUUUUCAUUUGAAAAAGUUUACAUACAGCUCGAAGUAAAACAGAUAAAAAUAAAAACCCAGUCUACUGCUCUUCCUUUCUAUUUAGUUGAACCACCGUAGUUUAAAGGUGAAUUAAAACGCUCUGUAGUUUUAGCAAUCACCAGGUCUUUACCAGUUUCUAAGUCUUGCUCCUUUAUUAAUAAACAAGAUAUGGGAAGUAAAACUUUUAAAUAGGUCCUGUACAUUCAGAUAUCACAAUGCUAUUUACUGUUGCAGAUAAUUCCUCUUAAUAUUUUUAUCUUCAUUUUUGAGUAGAUGUAGCACAUUUUACAGACUUUAACAAGCCCAUAUUCCACAUAAUUAUACAAUUUCACUACUUUUAGAACAUCACUUUGGACCAGAAAUAGUAUUUUGCACUGGUCAUAAAUGGUUAGAACUUCAAUGAAAUUUUAUAAAUUUUUUUGAAACAAGAAGAUUACAGCCAUACCAGGAAAGUGUGGAGGAGGCUGGCAAUGAGGCUUAACACUUUUAUCACAGAGUCCCUUCAAGGAUUUUUCUCCUGCCACCAGAUCUGUUCCUACAUAAGGUAUCGCAUGCUCUCCAACCACUGAUGAACUAUCAUUUAAUGACAUGAAAACUAAGCAAAAACUGUGGAAAAACACUACAUACUGCAGUAGUGGUGAUGCUCAAAGUUUUACGUAAAUGUAAUAUACCUUUCAAGACAAUGUUGAAAAGAAUCAUUUUGGGGGUAAAUGAAAAUGAAAGCUGAAGCAAGAGCGAUUUCCCUCAGCAUCCUUUACAACUUUAGAAUAUGAAAAGAUAAAUAUAGAGUUCACAUAAAAUUAUAUUUAUUGUAUUUAGAAACUUGAAAGCUCAAGGAAGUAAUGUCUCUCCCUAACCCACAUGCUAUCAAUUAUCUUGUGGGGAGAUACACGGUCUCUCAGCCUUGACCAAUGGCAACAAAGUACCAGCCUGUGCCAUCUGUUUCCACUGGCACCAUGAAUAACAUCCUUCAUCACAAUUGAUGGCACUGUCCUUUAUGGACACAGGAAAAACUACAAAGUGAUGACAGGACUACAGUGUGUCUAUGUGGUACCAGACGAGCAGAUGUUACACCUGCUGUAUUACACAAAACUGUGCUCUUAAGUUUUAAAUUUCUGAGAUCUUGGAUAUGAUCUGUUUUAUUAUUCAUAAGCUAUUAACAGUGGUGCACACAGUGAACAAUAGACUGGAAUUCCUUCCUACUUUUUCUAUUCAAAUCCUACCAGUCCUUUAAGAACCUUCCUUAAAACUUUCUCUAAUAGUCGAAUUUCUAAAAUGUCCAUUAUGGUAGGCCCAAGCUACGUGUGGCUAUUUAAAUAAAAUAUAACAAAGUUCGGUUCCUUAGGUGCACCAGGCACACUUCAAAUGCUCAAAACACCUUUAGUUAGUAGCUACCUUAUUGGGUAAAACACAUUUUAGACCCUUUGCAUUAUCACAAAGUUUUAUUGGACAGUGGUCCUCUAGAAUACCUCCUUCCACUUAACUCCCAUACAACUAAUUUUCUUCUGUUCAUUUUGGUAACUUCUACCCAGUAGUAGCUCUUCCAAAAUGGCUGCUUUAAACUGAGUUAAUUUUCCAUAUUUGAUUUCAUUUUUCAAGUAAGUCCUUAAAGGUCCCCGGUAGUGAAGUGUUAAAUCUUAAUUUUCUUCAUCUUUCAGAGUAUCUGUAACAGGCCCUUGUAUCUAUUCAGUGGUCAACAGCUAACUGUAUCAUUCAAAUAUGUUAUUUAUUUUUAACAUUAACAGUAACAGAAGCUUGCCUGUUUACAUUCAAAAUGCAUAAAUUGCUUUCCUGAACAUCUUGGUUCUAGCUACUAAGGACAAUAUAAAUUCUUAUGUUUGGCAAGUAUCUCGAGAGAACAGUAUUAAUUUUAACUGCAUUUUCCUAGGAACUUGCAUUCUUUGUAGUGAGCAGCAUAUGGUCUCUGUUUAGAGCUUAAAAGUAACAAUGAAAAGACUUUCCUUAUUCCCUCUAAUUCACAUUUAAAGGAUAUCAGAAACUUAUACAAUACUGAAGUAUGAAAUAGUCAUGCUAAGGAACUACAAGAAUACUAUAAAGCUCAAGCCAUUGUGGAUCUCUGUCAUUAAGCAUUAAUAUAACAAAACUAUAAAUUGUACACAAAUGAAAUGUUUUCUAUUUAAAUAAAAAGUUUUGGGGGUUAA